AUGGGGAGCCCGCGGCGCCUGCUGCUGAUCUCCAACUCCACCCUGCACGGAGGGGGGUACCUGGGCCACUGCCAGCAGCACAUCCAGAGCUUCCUCGGGCAGAAGGUGAAGCGGGUGCUGUUCAUCCCCUACGCCCUGCACGACCGCGACGCCUACGCCCGCACGGCCAGGGAGAAGUUUGAAAGCCUGGGUUAUGGGCUGGACAGCAUUCAUGAAUCUUGUGAUCCAGUGGAAGCUGUAAGGAAAUCUGAAGCAAUAUUUAUUGGAGGUGGGAACACAUUCCGUCUCCUGAAAGCUCUUUAUGACAACUGUCUGAUACAUGAGAUCAGGAAAAGAGUUCUUGAGGAUGGGAUUCCUUACAUGGGAUCCAGCGCAGGAACCAACGUUGCUACUGUCAGCAUCAAUACCACCAAUGACAUGCCAAUUGUUUAUCCACCUUCCCUGCAGGCUCUAGGAUUAGUUCCUUUUAAUAUUAACCCCCACUACCUGGACCCAGACAUUAAAAGAACUCACAUGGGUGAGACAAGAGAGGAAAGAAUCCGCCAGUACCAUGAAGAACCAAACACGCCUCCAGUUCUGGGCUUGCGGGAAGGUACGAUGCUGUUAGUGGAAGGAGAUAAAGCCACGCUGCAAGGAGUGACAGGAGCACGUCUGUUUUUGAGGGGUAAGAAACCAACUGAACAUGAGCCUGGAACAGAUUUCAGUUUCCUCCUGACUGACAGCAAUCCCCUGAAUCCAUAGCCUUCCAUAUUCUGCAGCAAAAGUUACUAUAUAGGGAAGACACCGAGGAAAAAGGAAAGAUAUGCUUGUUGUCCCAGAGUAGGUGGGGUACUUCAGCUUUAUAAAUAAAGAUCAAUAUGCAU